AUGACGAACGAUGACGAUGAGGAAGAGCGUUCUCCUGAACAAUUGCGUCAGCGGUAUCGACAACUUUUGCAGCAGCGUAUGCAACGUGAGCUGCCGACGCAACAGAACACAACAUCUUCGGAGCCACCUUCUUACCACGCUGCUGUCAAUACCCUCGAUCCUCGACCUCCACCACCAGCAUACCAUGAUCACCGAAACGAUACGCGGAUAACAUAA